AUGACACACGGUGAACGACAGCCUCUGCUGGCCUCGACGGCCGACGCGCCCGACGACGUGCCGGCGGACCUCUCCCCCGGCAGCGGCCACAAGAAGACCCUCACCUGGGUCAGCGCCUACAUCCUCGUCGUGUCGCGGGUGGUCGGGAGCGGCAUCUUCGCGACCCCUGGCUCCAUCGUGAAAUCGGCGGGGAGUGUCGGGCUCUCGCUGCUCAUCUGGGUGGCGGGGACGAUUCUGGCGGCGUGUGGGAUGGCCAUCUCGAUGGAAUACGGGGCGAUGCUGCCUCGGUCGGGGGGCGAGAAGGUGUAUCUGGAGCAUGCGUAUCCGCGGCCGCGAUUCCUCGCCUCGACGCUGAUCGCCGUGCAGGCGGUGGUGCUGGGCUUCACGGCGAGCAACUGCAUCAUCUUCGCCAAGUAUACCUUCUUCGCCUUCAACGUCGAGCCGACCGACUUCCAGCACAAGAUCCUGGCCGUGGGGCUGCUGACGGUGGUGACGGUCAUCCACGGCUGCUUCCUGCGCACGGGCAUCUGGAUCCAGAACGCGUUCGGGUGGGUCAAGAUCUUCCUGAUCGGGGCGAUCUCGGUGACGGGCAUCUGGGUCAUUCUGCUGCGGCCGUAUGGGGAUCCUGAUGCCCUCUCCCCGGGCCCAGCCCGCCCCGUGUUCGCGUGGGACGCGUGGGACUCGCUGUGGCAGGACUCCAACUGGACCUGGAGCCUGAUCUCGACUGCCCUGUUCAAAGUCAUCUACUCGUACGCGGGCCUGGGCAACGUCAACAACGUGCUCAACGAGGUGCACAACCCCAUCCGCACCAUCAUCACCGUUCCCCCGGCCGCGCUGCUCACCGCGGGCGCCCUGUACUUCCUCGCCAACACCUCCUACUUCCUGGUGGUGCCGCUCGAGGACAUCAAGAACAGCGGCGAACUGGUCGCGGGCCUGCUGUUCGAACGGCUCUUCGGCAGCGUCGGACGGGUUCUGUUCCCGCUGGCCAUUGCCAUCUCCGCGGUGGGCAAUGUCAUGGUGGUGACCUUUGCGCUGGCCCGAAUCAACCAGGAAAUCGCCCGUCAGGGCUUCCUCCCCUGGUCGCGCGUGCUGUCCUCCUCCAAGCCCUUUGGCGCCCCGAUGGGGGGACUGAUCGUGCACUACAUCCCGUCCCUGCUGGUGAUUGCUCUGCCACCGCAGGGCGACGUCUAUAACUUCAUCCUCGACGUGGAGGCGUACCCGUCGCAGGUAUUCGGCCUGGCGGUGACGCUGGGGCUGCUGAUCCUGCGAUGCCGCGAGCCGGAUCUCCCACGGCCCUUCAAGGCCUGGUUGCCGGCCGUGUGGCUGCGGGUUGUCGUCUGUCUGGCCCUGUUGACUGCGCCAUUCUUCCCCCCGGCCGACGGCAAGAGCGACGUGCACUUCUUCUACGCGACGUACGCGAUUGUAGGGGUGGGCGUGAUUAUCCUGGGCGUUCUCUACUGGUAUGCAUGGACGGUGCUGCUUCCACGACGAGGAGGAUACACGCUCGAGGAGAAGGAUGAGGUGCUGGAGGACGGGACCAAGAUUACUCGGCUGGUUCGUUCGUAUGGACUGUAG